CCGCCGGGGUCUUCACCUGGGCCCGGCACAAUGUCUACCCGCUGAAUGAGCCGACCUCCUACCGACUGGAAGACAGCGGCUGCACGCGCUACGACCGGGUUUCCGCCCUGCAGCCGUAUCAAUUCCCCCGGUCGGCACGCAUUGAGACCGUGUCCUUCCCCACGGCGGAGGACUUGAUCGAGAUCCGCGCGUGGUACAUUCGCGCGCCGGGCUUCGCCGAGCGGGACAUCCUGCGCGAAAGCAGCCACGCCAGGCGCCAUGAGGCGGCCCCCACCGAGGCCCAGCGGUCGAAGCGCGGCGCGGCCACCGAGGGAAUGGUCCUGCGCCGGCGCUGGCGCCCGGAGGCCGGCCCGGCUGACGGCAAGCCCCACGCCCAUCCUCGCCGGCGCGUGGUCACGGUCGAUGCAUCGGUCCACGAAAUGCUUGUCCAGGCCCGGGGCCCGGAGCAGCCGGCCUCCCAGGCCCCGGACCGGAGACGCUCGGACGUGCGACAGUCCUCCGGCCCGGCGCGAGUGCCGCUGCCCGAGUGGCUGCUUCGCCAGGAGGGUGCCUCGGCCAAGGUUGAUUCUGGCGCCGACACUUGGGCCACCGUGGAGGGGCCUCUGACGAGUCGCGGUCGCUGGCGCCGGGGCCGUGACUCGCCUCCCUCCGGCCCUCGGCGCCCAUUGCGCCCGACCCCGAGGACACCUGCUGAACCCUUGGCGACGCAGGCACCAACUGCCAUCCCCACGCCGGCAGCCACGCAGGCCCCGACAGUAGAGGCCACGCAGGCCCCGACAGUAGAGGCCACGCAGGCCCCGACAGUAGAGGCCACACAGGCCCCGACGGCGGCCGCCACACAGGCCCCGACGGCGGCCGCCACGCAGGCCCCGGCGCCCACUGAGCCAGAGAGGGCCGCCCAAGGGAGUGCCGCCGAGCCCCUUGACCAAUCAAAUGGCAGCAUGCACCGCGACCCGCUGGGGCAGGCGGCUCCCGGAGCCGGGAGCUCGGCAGCUGACUUGCCCACCUCACGGGAGAUUGUGGACGAGGAGAAGCCCAAGAAUGGGAGUGUGGCGGAAGCCGGCUCCGGGGCGGUUGCUGCCCCUGCGGGCGAAUCCGGGGCCAUCUCCCCAGGUGCAGAGGAAUCGACGACAGGGCUGCCGCCCCGGCCAAGUGUCAAAUCCGAGCCGCUGGAGUCUUCCCCUGGUGGAGGGGCCCUCCCCAGCGCGGCGGCGCCGCAGAGUGAACCUCGCAAGGUGGACCCCUUCUUCCUGGACAUUGAGGAUGAAUUCGACAAGGAGUUCGACAAGUUUGACGAGGAGUUCGACAAGGAGUUCGACGAGGAUUUCGAUGACGAGGACGACGACUUCGACGAGGACGACGACUUCGACGAGGACGACGACUUCGACGAGGACGAGGACGAGGAUUACGAUGACGAGGACUACGAUGACGAUGACUACGAUGACGAGGACGCGGAAUACGAAGAGGAGUAUGAUCUUGAAGAUGAUGAUGACGACGACGACGACGACGACGGCGGCGAUGAGUAUAUCUACUAUUACUACGAAUACGAGUAUGAGAUGGAGGAGGAGGAAAACCUCGAGAGCAGCGAGACCUGGUCCUAUGUCUGGCGCUACGGCCCGGGCGGAUGGCAGUACGUGCAUGAGCCGGCCUCGGUGCCCUGUCGCCUGGAGGAUGGCUGCCAGGAGGUCACAGUGCCCGGGGGGCCCGACCAGGCCGGUGCCCCGGGCCCCGGCAACUGGAUCCAGGCCAGCAACCAAACAUACAUGACGGCCACGGUGGCCGAGGCCGCCCGGACACAGGCCGCCUUCCCGGACGGCAUGGAGCGGGUGAUCAUCAUGCAGCAUGGGUUCGCCUCGUCCCGGCGGACCCCGAGCGUCCUGCAGCCGGCCUUCCUCCUGUGGCGGGCCGGCUUCAGCGUGCUGCUGGUCGACGCGCGGAACAUGGGCACCAGCGGGCGCCUGCGCGGGUCCAAGCGGCACUUCCACUGGGGCGCCUCGGAGUACCUGGACCAUGUUGGAGCCGUGGACUACCUGGUCCGCGAGCGGGGCAUUCGCCCGGAGCACAUCGGCCUCUGGGGCGUGUCGGCCGGCGCGUCCACCGUGGCCAUCGCCAUGGGUAAGAUGCCCCAAAUCCGCGCGGUAUUCAUGGACUCCGGGGUGUUCAGCCCGCGGAAUGUCCUGCGAACGGCCUUCAACGUGGGCAAUGUGUCGGGCGGCUUCUUCAUCGGCCUCAGCUGGGCCUAUGCCAGGGACAUUGUGCGCGGCGUGCGCCGCCAGGUGGACUUGAAUUGGGCACGUCCGGCGGAUGAGAUGUUCGGCAGCCUGCCCUUGAACUCGGCCGGGCCGGGACCCGGCGGCGGCGGCGGCGGCGGCGACCCGGCCAUGCCGACCGCACCGGUGCCCGGGCAGCAGGUGCGCGUGACCGCCGAGCUGCCCUCGGCCGGCGGCCCGGCGGCCCGGCCGAGCAUGCCGCCCGGCUGGCAGCUUCGCAUCCCUGGGAUUUCCACCCGGGCCGAUGGCAACGCCGUGGACCUGGACCAUGCGCGGCAGCUCCAUCGCCGGGACUCGACCGGGUCCUCGCCGGGGCUGGUCGUCCUCCGGAGCAGCACCGGGCAAUAUGUGUGGUCGCUGCCGGAGCCCUCGGCCCCGGGGCUGGCCGGUGCUCUAUUGGACCGGCAGCUGGCCGUGGCACACUCCAUUGACGAUGAGGUGGUGCCGGUCCGACAGGGGCGCCUCCUCGCCAGUACCGGGCGCAUCGCCGGCUUCCGCGUGCGCGAGUGGUACAUCUCCACCAUCGAUGCCGCGGCCUAUGGAUCGUCCAUGACGGCUGCCGAGCAUGCGUGGGCCCGCGCCGAGCAUGAUCUCCUCGCGGCGCGCGCCGACCCCAGCCCGCCGGAUGCCCUCUCCGGUGGCAUCGGGGCCGAUGCCAGCCGCGUGGAGGAUGCCCAACAACGCCCGCGGCCGAAGGGAGUCCCCCCGGGGGAGAAGCCGGCCAUGGCGACGGCCACCAAGCAGCCACGCAGCGUGGAGUCGGCCCCGGGAACCGGGCCGGUUGUCAUCCCCGCCACGCAGCCGCUCGACACGACCACCUUCCGGCUGGACAUGGACCCGCGGGACUUCUCCUGGUUCGAUCCGGACAAUGUCGACCAGCGCCACGCCCUCCGGCCGGAGGUGACCCCGGCGCACAUCUUCCAGGUGGCCGCCGCGUCGUCGGGCCGUGGGGGGGGCCAGGCUGGACCCGGCGGCAGUACCGCCUCGCCGCCCGGCCCGGGGAGCGGCCAUGACCAGGGGUCCUCCGCGGCUGGCAGCAUGGCAGGCAGCGAUCCGGCCGCCGAGGGGCCGGACCGCACAAUGGAGGCCGCCCCCUCACCGGGGCAGAAACACCCAGGCCCCGGGCCGGUGGGAGGGGAAGCACCCACCGGCGCGGGUGAGGCCCCGGGCGAGCCGUCAUUUUUGGUGGGCCUCGGCCGGUCCCUGCUGUCGUAUGUCACCGGCGGCGGGGGCGGUGGAACACGCAGCCGAGCAUCCGAUCACACGGUGACCAAGGUGCGCGGUCACUGCACCGAGCAUCCGGUCCUGGCAGUGGCCGCUCCGGAGGCAUACGAAGCCUAUGUGACCACUUUCUUCCGGGAGUCGCUACAGUGA